CGCCGGCGCUUCCCGAGCGCGCGCACGUGUCGGAGGUGAAGGAGAUGGCGCUGCCGAGGCUGGUCACUGUGGAGCUGCUGCUGCAUGCCAGCUGCUUCAUCUGCGGAAUCGUCACUGCAGCCUCGCUUACCAUCGUACAGGGGGAGUUUGCCGGCCGCUGCAUGCUCUAUGGCACAGUCAGCUACAACGCCACGGCCCAGUCCCUCGGGGUGGACGGCUCCAGCCCCACCUCCCUCUGCUUCUUCGUCUCCGUCAUUUCUGUGUUCGUGGGGGUCUACUGCUUCUCACUUACCUUGUACUGGAUCUACACCAAAUGCAUUGGCGAGGAAGUCAGCAGGACGCGUCUUUGGAUGAAUGUGAAUCUCGGGGUGUGUGGGAUUUUUCUCUUCUUCCUCCUAGUGUCUGGGUGCAUCCUGAAGGUUGGGAGAGACCGUCUCUGUGACUCCAUACUGCGCAAUAGCGCCAUAAAAAGUUGCGAAGAUGCUCAGACUAAGACAUGGAUCAGCCCGUACAACGGCGAGCGGUUCUACUCCGGCCUGCACAGUGCCGAGGUGGCAGUGUGGGUGAACUUCUUCUUCUGGAUGCUUAUCUUUAUGGUGGUGAUGUUCCAGAAGUAUCAGGGCUCAGAGUUCACCGUAGAAGAAGGAGAGCACGUUUCCUCAUCAGAGUCAAACCCUAUUCUUGGCCGAACAAGUAGGCCCCAGUGAUUCUUGUCUGAGGCUUGGCUGUCAUCCAUCCGGGCCGGAGAAAUCGAUGGAUGAAUUUUUAACCUGCUAGGACCCAUUUCACUUGAAAAAUCUAAUUCAUCUGUUGCCAUAUUGCGUUAGUUUGCAUGGUAACUUACUCUUGUUCAUCAUACUUGGCCUCACCUUUGCCUGGACAUCCAUUCAGUUAGAGUAUCAAAUAUUGAGCUCUCUGCUUCUAUGAAGUCUUUUCUUUUCUGUUACCUGGUCUAUAUACAUUUUCUCCACUGAUUUACACUGAAUUGAAUGAGAAUGUUAGUUUUUUCACCACUAAAUAGAAAUGUCCAAUCAUAUACAUCCAUGUCUUUAAUAAUAAUGUAACUGUUUCCUUAGCUGUCUGAUUAAUAGCCAACAACCAUGUUACGAUGUUACAAAAUAACUACAGGUAAAAAAUGAUUGGGUCAUUGUUGCAAUAUCUGCAUUUUACUUGAUACUUAUCAAGUACAGGAUAAUUAUUCUAGGUUGUAAAAGUUGCCCUGAUCCUGCGCUGUGAUGUGACAAUGUGGACCUCAGGCUGAUCUUGUGGAUCGUUCAAACUUUUUUUAAAAUUUAGGUAAACCUUGUAAGCGAAUUUUAGGAAAAAGGACUCAAGCGUAGGUUAAGUCUAAUCACUCUUAGGGAUAGUUAUUGAUCAGUUGUAUUGAUAAGUUAAGAGUCCUGCAAAAUUUAACUAAGAGUAAACAUUUCGGAAAAAUAUCACAUGAAGCAUAUUGGGGCUUUUUGGUUAAUUUCCUACGUGUUUUACUAAUGUCUAUGCCGACAACUGAUUAUAACCUUGGCUGUUCAAAGAUGGUUGGAUUCUUAACUGUAUAGCCCACUACAGAAAGCAAGUAAGGACGUUUUAUAUGGCCUUUGUACUCUUUUAUUGCUGCUUGACUUUCAUGGAAAAACAGUAUACAAAAGAUUCAGUGUUUUUUGCAACAGAAUAAUAUUAAUUCUAAAUUAUAAUCAUAGUGCUGAUAACCAGGUAUUUCUGGUCUGUUUCUGGUUUACUAUAUAAUCUGCAUGCACUAGUGUAAACUAGUUAAUGUGCUGAGAUGUGAACAUAUUAACACUGUGAUACUGGAAGUGUUUAUUGGUUUGUGAACCAAGUCUUUUGCAGUUAGGGUUUUUUUUAAGGGUUUUAAUUUUCAAACAGUCUAUAUUUCCACUGAGAUUUUGGAUUUAUUACCUGGGAAAAGGAUCAGGUUUGACUGUUGUUUGACUCGUCUGUGUACAGAGGCAAAGGCAUGAAACCCAUAAUCUUUCUUACAUGAUUUUUUAUAAAGAAUGACAGUAUAGAUGACAAAGGUCUACUAAGGGCAGCACAAGACUGAAUCAGUCUACGUAAAUGUUCUAACCCUUAUCUGUGUGCGGGUCAGUUUCGUAUAGCACUGUUGCCGAGAUAAGCAGCAGACAAACCAUUUAAUGGACAUUAGAUCAAACUUUUGCGGUUGAAAGUAGUUGACUGUGACUCAUUUGGGCAGGUGGUCAUAAACCAGGGGAACCAUUGUUUGGAAAGUGAAUGCAUCUAGAGAAAAACAGCUAAACCCAUCAGCCUCACUCACGAUCACAGUGUGCUUCUCCGCUAACCAGAGAUUGAUUACUUUUUAAUGCUAAACCAAUCAGCAUCAUUUUUAGAAGUGCUUUUUCUACUGUUUGUAAAAUAAAUGUAUUACUGGCGUUCCUUUGAGUAUGUGUGUAUGUGAGGACAAUGAAUGGCAAUAAAUAUCUCUUGUGUGUGA